CUCUAUAGAGAGAUUAUCAUAUAUCAGUGAGAAGAAGAGAGGAGAGAGAGUUGUUAGCUAGCUCACACGCUUUCGCAUAAAACUCAAAAACCUGCACUUUCUCGUCUAUUUUCUCGGCAUUCGCGAAACAGAAAACUGUGUCUCCGUGAAAAACCACCACCCCCUAAUUUUAACCCAAAAACCUCCCCCAUAGAGAGAGAGAGAGAAACCGAAAGUUUCUUCCUUUCCUCUUUACUCUCUCGAUGGAUUCUAGAGAACUCAACCACCAACAGCAACAGCAACAGCACCAUCAGCAGCAGCAGUUACAACCACCGCCUGGGAUGCUAAUGGGCUCCUUCAAUCGCAACAACAACCCUAACGCCGCCCCCUCCUCCUUAAUGGGUCCCACCUCCACCACAUCUCAAGCAGCGAUGCACCACCACCGCUUACCUUUCGGCUCUCUCACGCCUCACCUUCAUCACCACCAUCCUCAGCAACAGAUGAUGGAUCAGAAAACGCUCGAGUCUCUCGGAUUCGAAGGAUCGCCUUCCUCCCUUCAUCACCACCAGCACCAGCAGCAGGAGCAGCAGUCGAUGAGAUUCGGGAUCGAGCAGCAGCAGCAGCAGCAACAGGUUAAGAAGAAGCGAGGUAGGCCUAGGAAGUAUGCUCCUGAUGGCAGCAUUGGUCUUGCUUUGGCUCCUACCUCUCCUCUUCCUUCUGCUUCUAAUUCCUACGGCGCUGGAAAUGACGGUGCUGGUGAUAGCGGCGGUGGUGCUAACUCUACCGAUCCGCCUGCUAAACGGAACAGAGGUCGUCCUCCUGGGUCUGGUAAGAAGCAGCUUAAUGCUUUAGGAGGAACAGGAGGAGUAGGGUUUACACCGCAUGUUAUUGAGGUUAAAACUGGAGAGGACAUAGCUAUGAAGGUGGUGGCGUUUACGCAUCAAGGACCACGUGCGAUCUGUAUUCUCUCAGCUACAGGAGCUGUUUCUAGUGUGAUGUUUCGUCAAUCUAGCAAUCCUAGUGGAGUUGUUAAGUAUGAGGGACCAUAUGAGAUUAUUUCUAUGUCAGGCUCUUUCUUGAAUACUGAGAGUAAUGGUACUGUGACUAAAACUGGUAGUCUGAGUGUAUCUCUGGCUAGACCAGAUGGUCAGGUUGUGGGUGGUUGUGUUGCUGGAAUGCUUGUAGCUGGAUCACAAGUUCAGGUCGUAGUUGGAAGCUUUGUACCAGAAGUGAAGAAACCUAAACAAAGCGCAGCGCGAGUUCAGAAUACUACUCCCGAGCCAGCUUCAGCACCAGCCAAUAUGUUGAGCUUUGGUGGUGGUGGUGGUGGACCAGGAAGCCCUCCUCGGUCUCAGGGACAGCAGCAUUCAAGCGACUCAUCAGAAGAAAACGAAAGUAACUCUCCGUUGCACCGUGGUAGCAACAACAAUAACAACAACAACAACAACAACAACAACAAUCAUCACGGACUAUUUGGAAACUCUCCUCCGCCGCAACCACUUCACCAAAUGCCUAUGCAGCAGAUGUACCAUCCUCACCUCUGGCCUGGCCACAAUCCUCAGUAAACAGAGAUGGUCCGUUUCUCAUGGCUGGCUGGUCUCAGUUUACUUCUCUGUUUCCGUUUACACAUGUCUCCUUCAAAUUAGAUUGAGCUUUCUUCUUACUCUCUCAUCAUCUUCUUCUUCUUAUGCUUCCUACUUUCUCUUUACUUCAGCUUUGGUUUUAGAUAAAUAGAGAGACAGAGAUGUUAAAGUAGGUCUCAGUUCAUCUUCUUUAGUUUGUGCCCUUGUUUCUUUUGACUGAUGAUCACAAAGACUUUUCUUUUUUUCUA